CUUUCUAUAUUUAAGAAGUUAGAAAAUAUAAAUCUACUUACAGCAUAAACACGGACAGACUGGACAGAGGUUUGAUGGGCAGAGGUUAUAGCUGGAGCAUAAAAUUACCAUGAUGUAAAGAUGGUUUCCUUAAUUUUUCCUGCUUGAAGAAGAAAAUAAUGUCAGGUGUGUUGUAUAAAAAGUCAGUGUAAAGCAGCAGAGCACGGAGUGCACACAGGUCCUAUUUGCAAGGACGGACUGCGACAGCCGGAGCAGCCUUCUGCCUGGCCGACGAGAGCAACAGCAGUGGGCGGAGGAGCUCUUCCAGCAGGGAGUGUUUGAAGAGGAGCCCGCACAGCCCGAAAGCGGAGGGCUCCGAUUCGGUGACAUCUCAGUCCUCACCCAGUGAAGAGGCUGGAAUGAUGACUGAGGUGAAAGUGAAAACAGAGGUACCAGAUGACUAUAUCGAAGAGGUGAUCUGGCAGGAUGACACCAAAGAUUCCAAGAAGAACAUAAAAGACGGGCCAGGAGAUGUGCCUGCAGAGAUCUGCGUGGUCAUAGGUGGGGUCCGCAACCAGCAGACACUCGAUGGAAAAGCAGUGGAACGUGGCUCUCCUGUUGGAUAUACACGAAAUCGAUAUUCAGGGACCUGGAUUUUUGACCAUGCAUUGAGAUACACAUCCGGGUCUUACGAGUGUGGAAUAUGUGGGAAGAAAUACAAGUAUUACAACUGUUUCCAGACCCAUGUGCGAGCACACAGAGACACUGAAGCUGCCUCAGGUGAAGGAGCCUCACAAGGCAGUGCCCCUCUGGCUGCGGAAAGGGAGAAGAAACCUCUCUCCAGAGCUGUCUUUGUGCUGCCCUGGGUGGAAUCCACAGAAACAAACAAUUUUAGGUACACGUGUGACAUUUGUGGGAAAAAAUAUAAAUAUUAUAGCUGCUUCCAAGAGCACAGAGACCUGCAUGCUGUGGAUGUUUUUAGUGUGGAAGGGGCCCCAGAAAACCGGGCAGACCCCUAUGACCAGGCCGUCAUAGCAGCAGAUGAAGUGAAGGAGGAGGAGCCAGAACCGUUCCAGAAGAUUGGUCCAAAAACUGGCAAUUACACCUGUGAAUUCUGUGGCAAGCAGUACAAAUACUACACUCCCUACCAAGAACAUGUGGCACUGCAUGCACCUAUUAAGUUCUCUCGAUCUCCACUCUUCGUGGCAGUGAAGACACAGGCGAGCCAAUCCAGCAAAAAAACACCGGCUUCAAUAAACCGAUGUUCUACCCUCCUGCACCGCACCCCCUCCGGUGUCCCACCCGCAUCCCAAUCCCAGAUGUUCCGCGCUCCAAAUUCUGGAUCCCCAGGAAGCAAGGCCAUCACAGAAAGUGCUUUCAGCAGGAGAGUGGAAGGCAAAGCGCAAAACAACUUUGAAGAAACAAACAGCAAUUCUCAGAACUCCAGUGCUGUUCAUUCGGGGACAGAAAAACCUAAAGAAAAGAGGUGUAAGCAGAACCCAUCAGAAACCGCAAGUCCCCUGAUAUCAAAUCCUUUCCCGCUUUUACAAAAGCCUUACACCUGUGGAGCUUGUGGAAUCCAGUUCCAGUUUUAUAACAAUCUCCUGGAGCACAUGCAGUCCCAUGCAGCUGACAACGAGAACAAUAUUGCCUCUAGCCAACCCAGAUCACCUCUAGCUGUUGUUGAAGAAAAGUGGAAACCACAGCUCCAAAGAAAUAACGCCAACAAUACACCCGCGAGCGGUUCAGUAGGGAACAGCGCGAUCCCAGAGAAGGAGCGGCAGAACAUUGCUGAGAGGCUCCUGAGGGUGAUGUGCACUGACCUUGGGGCUCUGAGCGUGGUGAGCGGGAAGGAAUUCAUCAAGCUAGCACAGACCCUGGUGGAUAGUGGCGCUCGCUAUGGUGCCUUCUCUGUCACCGAAAUCCUUGGCAAUUUCAACACACUGGCUCUGAAGCAUUUGCCUCGGAUGUACAACCAAGUGAAGGUGAAAGUCACCUGCGCCCUGGGCAGCAAUGCAUGCCUUGGCAUUGGUGUCACUUGCCACUCGCAGAGCAUCGGCCCCGAUUCUUGCUACAUCCUAACAGCUUAUCAGGUGGAAGGCAAUCAUAUCAAGAGUUACGUCCUGGGAAUUAAGGGCGUAGACAUUCGAGAUAACGGUGAUUUUAUCCACCACUGGGUACAGAAUGUGCUCUCGGAGUUUGUGAUGUCAGAGAUCAGGACAGUGUACGUCACAGACUGCAAAGUCAAUUCCUCUGCAUUCUCCAAGGCAGGCAUGUGCUUGCGUUGUUCAGCCUGUGCCUUGAACUCAGUAGUGCAGAGUGUGCUGAACAAGCGAACACUACAGGCUCGCAAUAUGCACGAAGUGAUCGAGCUCCUGAAUGUCUGUGAAGAUCUGGCAGGAUCCACAGGCCUCUCGAAGGAGACCUUUGGCUCCCUGGAAGAGACCUCUCCCCCACCCUGCUGGAACUCGGUCACUGACUCCCUCCUGCUUGUCCAUGAGCGCUAUGAGCAGAUCUGUGAGUUCUACAGCAGGGCAAAGAAGAUGAACCUCAUCCAAAACCUGAACAAACACCUGCUCAGCAACCUGGCAGCCAUUUUGGCUCCUGUGAAACAGGCGGUGAUUGAGUUGAGCAACGAGAGCCGGCCCACCUUGCAGCUGGUACUGCCCACCUAUGUCAAACUGGAGAAACUGUUCACUUCCAAAGCUAAUGAUGCUGGCGUAGUCAGCAAGCUCUGCCACCUCUUCUUGGAGGCGCUGAAGGAGAACUUCAAAGUUCAUUCGGCACACAAAGUAGCCAUGAUCUUAGACCCUCAGCAGAAGCUGCGGCCUGUGCCACCAUACCAGCAUGAAGAGAUCAUUGGCAAGGUCUGUGAGUUGAUCAAUGAGGUGAAAGAGUCCUGGGCAGAAGAAACAGAAUUUGAACCUUCAACCAAGAAGCCUCGGGCAGCAGGGGAAGCCACAGCAGCUCAGGAAGAAGAUUGGUUCGGGAAAAAUGAAGUCUAUGAUUAUUUGCAAGAACCUCUCUUCCAGGCCACCCCUGACCUGUUUCAGUACUGGUCAUGUGUUACCCAAAAGCAUACAAAACUAGCCAAGCUAGCCUUUUGGCUCUUAGCAGUGCCUGCUGUUGGUGCCAGAAGCGAAUGUGUAAAUAUGUGUGAGCAGGCUCUCUUAAUCAAAAGGAGACGGCUACUCAGUCCAGAAGACAUGAACAAACUCAUGUUUUUGAAGUCCAACAUGCUUUAAGACUAUCUUUUAAUUAAAACAAAACUUUAAAACACUGUUCCAAACAAAGAAAAAGAAUUUUAAGUUCUAAACACUGUGGACCUCAUUAUGAAUGCCCCUGGAAACCAAGUGCUUUUUUAUAUAUAUAUAAAAAUAUAAAUAUAUAUAAAAUUAAGUUUGAAAGGAAAGCUGAGCACGUGAGAGAGACAGCCCUCUGCCAGGAACGUGCUCCUUUCCAUAGAUAGUGUGUGGACUUGACAGACUUUCUAAUGUUUUCAAGUGGGCAGACGAAUGGGAGGCUGAUGUUCUAAAGUCUUCAGGCAGCUGAGAUCUAAAGUGACUUGAAGUUUCUUUUGUUUCUCCUCCACCCCACCUCUCCUCUUGUCCCCUGGGCCAUCUUGCCAUGGAUAAUCAGACUACAUUGAACAGACCAGUUCUGCACUGGACUUUGCUCCUUUGAAUAACUGUACACCUUGAGGGCAUUUGUCUGCAGCCUUCUUGACAUAUGGUGCAUGUUAUCAGGGCAGCUGUGUUUUAUGAACACCAGUAUCUUUAGAAAUCAGGAAGGGAGACUUUAAGGGUUUUUUUAUUUUAUUUUUAACCUUUUCGUAUACAUUUUUUUCCAAAAAACAGAAGUUACUCUUCUGUCUCCACUCCCAGUUUUGAGUUUAACAUGUUAGCUAGUGAUUCUAAGUUUGAUUUAAAACUAAGAGAAAUGGUUCAUGGCAGAAAAUGUCUGUAAUUGUUAUGUUUCUUGGAUUUAUAUUUUUACAGCAUAACUUCUUUUCUGAAUUCCCAGUGUUAAUUAGCUUCUCUGUGAAUUUUGUACAUCAGGGUUUCUCAAACUUGUUCUAGAGUAGCCCAUCUGCGAUUACAUAAUAUCCUUAUGGGAACCACGGCAGUCACUUAUAUGGAGAACCUAGAAACCAGGAAAAGCAAGCAAGUGGUGUCAGCACAGAUGUCUGUGGGCCACCAGCAAGCUUGCUGGGGUCUGCCAGCUGCCAUUGAGAACCCUUGUACCUAAACUGUUUGUAAAAAAAUUUCUAAGUACACACACACAAAGUAACCUUCACAAGGCCAAGGACAAACCAAGGUGUAUGAUUUUUCAGGGGAACAAAGAUCAUCAGUUUUGUCAAACUGGGGUUUGAAGGAAGCUUAGAGAAGUGCAUGGGCUCAAAGAUCCUUCUGAAUGUAAGUGCUCCUGAUUGAGUGCAAAGAAUAUCUUCCCAUUUUAUUUGGAAUAGUUUCCUCUAGUAGCACGAAUGUCUUUUUAAUACCUACAGUGCAUUACACUACUUGUUACGUUGCUGAAUCAUUCUGGCUAGGAAGGCCACGGGCCCUUAAACGUUCACACUUACUGGCUCACCCCAAAUGCAGUUAGAGAUCAUCAUAAUGCAAAAACAUCUCAGUCACUCUGGUGUCCACCAAGGCCAGUGUUCUGCUGUGUCCAGUGCCCAUAGGCACAGUUCAUGGGCUGCUGGACGGGAUCUCUGCAGGCUGUCAGGUUUGGUGCCUCUUGGACAGUUCCCAACUGCUGGUGCCAAACUGUUAAUUUUUCAUCUCUGGGACUUGUAUCCCAGAGGCAAAUUGAAGCAAAUUCUUAUUUUUGAAGUAGUCUCUCCUGCUUCCAGUCAUGUGCUCUAGAGCUGUGGUCACAGUGGCAGCAGAGCAGCAUUGGAGGUUCAGGAGGAUGGACUUGCUCAGCUCCAAGCAGGCAGGCUGGAGGCUGAAGCCCUUCAACAGUGCAGGAGUGUUUUCUGGUUGCUGACAAUGCAGUGGUGAGACUGGAGGCCCUCUUUGAAAUGCUGCUGUUGAACAGAUGUUAAACCAAGAUCCCACCUGCCCAUCUCUGGUUGUAAUAGAAGUUGCAAGUCCCAAGAUAGGAGAAAUGGCAAACCCAAUCUCUCAGGCUUUGCGUGCAGAUGCUUUGAACCUGACAGGCACUAACUGACAGCUUCAGUGCCAUGGGGCUCAGACAGGGGGACAGUUUGCAUGCUAGAGACUUUCCCUAGGUCAAGGUCACUGAGAAUAGCUCUUUGCACCCAGCUGUCUUGCCCUUUUCAGCCUGGAAACAGGACCUACUAUUAGCUUGAGUCUAGCAUUUGUGUUGACCUGUCGGCACGGUUACUGGCAUCAGGGCAAAACUAGUUGUCUCCUAAAUGUAAGUUUUGCAUAUGGAUAUCUUAAAAGACACAGUCUGCAACCCCACUGACAACUGCAGGAGUAGCAGCACCUGAAGAUGAGCUGCCAAGGCAGAGGCACUUGGACAUCUUGUUUUCUCUGGCAGUGGCUUUUGCAAAAGGAGGUGUUGGCUGUAGGGCCAACUUUUCUUCUUGCUGGUUUUAUUUUCUCCUGUACAAGUCCUGCCUGCCCAGCCACCAGUUGGGCCUAUAGUAACACAUCUGUUUGCACUUGCAGUGCAGGAGAAACCUGUAACAAACAAUAACUAAGUCUGAAACUACAAACAAAAAACCCGACUGAGAUGUGUGCCAAUUACAAAGCGUUUGUGCUGUGCUGCUGUUCCCACUGUAAAGCACAAAGUAUCCUGCAGCAAGAAGACUUGGCUGGAGGAUGAAUCCAAAGCAAGAUUUGCUUUUGAGGCUGCAAAGUGUGUACUGUGCAGCUCAGCCGAUGGGCAGAACUGGGGACAGGAUUUGUAGUUCUUUCUCCUGUAGCACGUUACACCUUUUUGCUUGGUUCGCCUGAGACCCUGAAUGUGCAAAACCCUUGCAUUCCUUUGAAAAGAAAGUUCCAAACCCCAACACUCUGUUGCUAAGGGACAGGCUGAUAACUUCUGUAGGAUUUGCCAACUUGGGCUCAUUGUGUUGUCUGUCUGCAAGGCAUUAAGGGUGGAGAAGUGGACAAAGCAGAGUUAGCACAGGUUUAAAGCCCUGGAGCUGAGAAUGAGGUAAAAUUGCAGUCAUUUGUGCAACCAUUGGAUGCCAGGCUGCGCACAGCAGUGAGCUGGACCAUGGCUGCACAGCCAGGGCAUGCAAACAGAAAGGCCACAGCCACCCUUAACUCCCAGCCCAUCUCCCAUUCUCCUUUUUACAGUGUGGUUUUGGCAUCCGAUCUGGAGCUUUCUUAUUGUCACAACCAAAGAGAGGGAUUGACUGGCCCUCUCCCCCAUCCAAGUAACUGUCCCCUUCAAGGCAACUCUGGUUACAGUUGCACUAAUGAUGGUAUUUAAGCAAACAUGCAGCAAUGUCUGGUAGGUGAGAUUCUCCCAAAGACUUAAAAACUCAAUUUAGCAGCUGAAAAGGCGAGAUAAAACCAAAAGCCCUAAAAUGGAACAAUCUGGAAAGUAGGUGAGAAGAGGAGCUGGUUGGCCAGCCCCCUUCUCCAGCAAGUCAGUGGAAGAAGCCACAUCUUUUCAUGAGUUUUAAACGUGGUUACAGGGUGUUCAGCUCAGAGGAGCUAUUCAUGCUGUGUCUGCUCACAGGCUGACUUCUGUCUGAUACACUUACGCUUCAUUAAAAGGAGAGAAGCACAUCUGGAGCAUACAUAUUUACCCUAAAUGCCAAGCUUUUGCUUCUGUUUCUCCUUCCUCUUGAAGGCUUGGAUUUGCAUUCUAGGGAGCAAAGAUACUUUACCAAGGUCUGAAUUUUGGAAGCUCUUAAUAUGCCAGGUUACUCGAACCCAAACUAUUCUAUGAUUCUAUUCAAUGAUUGGCUCAGUAGUAUGGAGCAGCACCUCCUGUGGUGGGAGACCGGAGAGGAGAGGAUCUAAUAGUUUGGCCAGAGCUGUCAUGAGGUUCUGCUCCCAUUCAGCUGGGAGGAGAAGUCUUCAGAAUUGGGCUCAUCCUCUGGUAGGUCAUGUUGGGAAUUUGCCUUCUGUUUGUUUGUUUCCUUUACUCGCACUUGAGGAAUGUGUUGGAAUACAAAAAUGGUGUAUGUGUCCUCCAGGCAUUCAUUUGUUUCUGCUGCUUAACACGGUGCCUGACCUUGCAGACUUUUGACUUCACAGUUUGCUUUGGGAAGGGUUAUGAUCUUCAGGUGGGGAGCAAGCACCAACAGAAGAUGAACUGUUUGAAGUUCAUGUUACUGUCUGAAGUCCUGUCUGAAGAUCCUUGUUACUAGAAAACUGAGAAAGUGGGAUACAGAGGCAGAGCUCUUCAGAACAGUUGUUUCUGUGUGAGCACAGCAGCCAGAGGGUCAGUAGAGAACAUGGAGCCCAGAUCUGUCUCCUGUGUCUGUCUCUUCUCCCCAUGUCUCUAGCAGUAGACAACAGUUGUGUUCUGGCUUGCAAGAUGGGCUCGGUGUCUUGCACCUGGGUCGGUUUCAGAUGGAAGUAAACUUUCCUUUUUGUCAAAGCUAUAUGUUUGUUUUAAGAAAACUGAUUUGGUUGUAUAUGAACUAGUGCAAUGUGGAAAACUUUCUGUGAAAGCUGACUGUGGGCUCAGGUUUUGUCUAAUUCAGUUUGUUAAUUGGUGGUUAAACCAGUUUAACCUCGAGAUAAAUUGGUUUAAGCAUCCCCAUGAACCACCUGCACUGGUUUAACUGCGCUUGCUGGGUGUUCUCCCCUGCUGAUCAGAGAAUACGUCCAGAAGCAGCUCAGGGAGUCAUGACCCUUAUGUGAAUUUUGUAAAUGAAGUUGCGGCAGAUACACUCUCAAAGCUUGGGAAUGACUGAAAAUAGAGGGGAGACACUUCUGAAAAUUGCUUGAGCUCUAAAUGGUGGUACCUGAGUUAAUACAGUAUUCAGUGAGAUGUCUCAGGUUGGUUGGUUUGUUUUUCUCCAACUGCUUGCAAUAACAUGGAAGGUUUAGUGUGAGAAGAUAUUACCACAUAUGUUUAUAUUGGUGGAUGAGUCUGCUCGGCCUUUCUCAGUCUGAAGGACCGUUUCCACUUUCUGGAUCCCACAGUAGGCAAG